GAAGUGCAUAAGUACUGUGCAAUCAUAAUUGUCGCCUUAACGCACUCGAAACCCUGAAUUUGAAAAACGAGGAAAGUAUUGUAAUAAAGGUGAAACCACAAGGGUAUUUCUGCAAAACCACAUGAUAUAAAUAAGGAAAAAUCUACCUUCUUCCUCCCUGUAACAUCUCGAGUAAUUCACAGCCAAGAAAACACAGGUUUUGCUAGCAUGGAGAAUAGCAACAGCUUCUGGCAGUUGGGACAUGAACUCAGGGGACAGUCAAAAGUCACGGAUGAACACAAAUGGCUGGUGGCUGCUUCCAAGCUGGCUGAGCAGACAAGGUCAAAGCCUGAACGGAGAAUUAACCUUGACCUCUCUAAGGGCCCCACUGAAAUGCAACCUAGGGACAAUCUUGGAUUUCAGGAAGACAACAAGUUCGACAAUUUCAACCUCAGCAUGUUGAACUUGGGCCCCAGGCUGAAUGAGAAUUUGAGCAAAGGUCCGUUUAGGAAUGACAUUUACAAUAUGAAUGCAGUUUUUCAGAAUCCCAAUUUGAACUCCAUGGGAAAUAUUACCGGAAGCAAGCAUAGCAAGGAGCCCAAUAACAACACUAACAGCAAGGACGACAGCCAAAAUGCACUAGAUAAGAGGUUUAAGACCUUGCCUGCUGCAGAGAUGCUCCCGAGGAAUGAGGUCCUUGGUGGGUAUAUCUUUGUCUGCAACAAUGACACAAUGCAGGAAGAUUUAAAGAGGCAGCUCUUUGGUUUGCCUCCGAGAUAUAGGGACUCUGUAAGGGCAAUAACACCUGGUUUACCUCUUUUCCUCUACAACUACACCACUCACCAGUUGCAUGGUAUUUUUGAGGCAACAAGUUUUGGUGGUUCCAACAUUGAUCCUACUGCCUGGGAAGACAAAAAGUGCAAAGGCGAGUCAAGGUUCCCUGCUCAGGUAAGAACUAGUGUUAGAAAAAUGUGCAAGCCUCUAGAGGAGGAUGCAUUUAGGCCUGUUUUGCAUCAUUAUGAUGGCCCUAAGUUCCGUCUCGAGCUCUCUGUACCCGAGACCUUGGACUUGCUAGACCUUUGCGAACAAGCUGGGAAUGUGUAAGAUGUUGUUGCUCGACGUUAGGGUCAGCUCAACAUUAAAAAAUUAAAGUUAUUCUAUGAUGUACGAGUAUGAUGUAGUUUUGGUGGAUCAUUGUGUUGAUUUUCACAAAUUCUCCUUCGAGCAAAAGCUUGAGAGGAAACUCUGGCUGGAGAGUUCUUGACAGCAGUUUGGCUUCUCUCUAGUCAAAAAAUGUAAUUUAGUUGUCAAGACGCUUGAGAGUAGCUUCACCACAAUUUAGCUGUGUAAUAUUAUUGCAAACUUGUAAGCAACAAGGUGGCUUGGGCAAGGUCGAUGCAAUAUGACCGGCCAACCUAAUUGAAAGUUGCAAUGUCUGCUUUAUCUGCCUUUUUUAAACAUAUGCUUAUCUUGCUUCUGUUAUGUUUUUCAUCAUGACGUUCGUAUGCGUGCCAGGCGUUGGUAGUUUUAAAUUUCUUGAUUCCCAUUUUAAUUCUGAGUAG